AUGGACAAUACAAGCCGUAAGCUGCUAUUAGAUGAACGAAAAUGGAAUAUUUUAUUGAUUUCAAAUUCCCUAGCUGCUCUUUUUCUUCUUCUGCUACGAGUGAAUACUCGUGCUCAUAUGUCCGCAUACCAAACACUAUUUGGUAUAUGCUCAAAACAUGCUGACCCUGGAUAUGGCGUAAGAACGCUGGUGCCCGACUCUUUGAUGGGUCACGCUCUAUCAACAAGUGAAACACUUGCAAAACAGACUAUCCUAAAAAGCGCAGAAUUCGAAUGCAGCACGCAAGGUUCGGCAACGCCCUCGUCAGGAAAGGAAAGGGCUGAAGGGGGAAAAGGGUAUCGUGAAUGA